AUGCAGGUCGACAGCGAGAGUCUUUUCUCUGCGUGGGCCGCGUCUGAUCGCUCGGGAGUGGAUCCGGGUGCGAUGGAUCAAGGCAAGAAGAAGCUUCUCGAGGAACCCCGGGGGACAUGCCUCCUGUUCUCCAUGAAAGAAGAACUCGGAUCGCUGGCCCGCGCUCUCAAAAUCUUCAAGAAAAACAAGGUGAACCUGCUUCACAUCGAGUCCCGUCCGUCCCGGAGGUCGGACAAGGAGCAGUACGAUUUCAUGGUGGAAUGCGACGCGGCCAGCGGAGACUUCGACGUGGCCAUCACGCAGCUCAAGGACGUCGCUCUGUCCUUCCAGAUCAUUUCUCGCGAUCACCACGAUAACAUAGAUUCCCUGCCGUGGUUCCCGAUCAAGAUCGCGGACUUGGAUCACUUCGCCAACAGAGUCCUCUCUUACGGCUCCGAACUCGACGCGGAUCAUCCUGGCUUCACCGACAAGAAAUACAGGGAACGGAGGAAAUACUUCGCCGAUAUAGCUUUCAACUACAAGCAGUACCCUACGGAUUUCCGCUUCUCUGCCAACCCGUGCAUGUCGUCCCCCAGCGGCCAGCCGAUCCCGAGAGUGGAAUACACCGAAGAAGAGGUCGGGACGUGGAGGACGAUCUUCCGAGGGCUCAAGAAGUUGUACAGGACCCACGCCUGCGCCGAGUUCAACUACGUCUUCCCUCUCCUGGAAGAAAACUGCGGCUACAACGAGGACAGCAUCCCUCAGCUCCAAAACAUCUCCAAUUUCCUGAAAGGUGCCCCGAGGCUGCGUAGGCCAAAUGCCGCGUGGCAGUGCUGUCGCGUGAAGUCACUGCUGGUGAUCGAGAAAUGUCUAUGGGGUGUUCGGUUCGAAAGCAGCGCGUGGGAAGGAUUCGUUGACUGCACGGGCUUCACCUUGCGUCCAGUGGCAGGCCUGCUCUCGUCGAGAGACUUCCUGGCGGGACUGGCGUUCAGAGUCUUUCAUUCCACCCAAUACAUCCGACAUCCUUCCGUGCCCCAUUACACGCCGGAACCGGAUGUCUGCCACGAGCUCCUCGGCCACGUUCCGCUUCUGGCCGAUCCGUCUUUUGCUCAGUUCUCUCAGGAGAUUGGACUCGCCAGCAUCGGAGCUCCCGACGAUUACGUGAAGAAACUCGCAACCUGCUACUGGUUCACGGUGGAAUUCGGGCUGUGCAAGCAACAAGGACAGUUGAAGGCCUACGGAGCAGGUCUCCUCUCGAGCGUCGGGGAAUUGGAAUACUGCUUGACCGACGUGCCUGAAACCCGGACUUUCGACCCAGAACUCACCGGAGACCAAGAAUAUCCGAUCACUCGGUACCAGCCCAUCUAUUAUGUGGCCAACAGCUUCCAGGAUGCGAAGGAGAAACUCUUGACGUACGCCGCGGGGAUUCCACGCCCGUUCGGCGUCCGCUACAACCCGUACACGCAGAGCAUCGAGAUACUCAAUUCCAAGACGCAGAUCGUCAGUCUCGUCAGGGAUAUCAACUGCGAGAUCAAGAUUCUCAUCGACGCCUUGUCCAAGAUCUGAGUUUCCUGCUCUUCCUGCUCUCGAGUUUUUUCCUUUUCGAGCUCGCACCUGAAAAUUCUCAGAUUUUACUGUCCGUUGACACUUUUUUGAGUGUAUGUCUCUGCAGAAUCCACUUUAUCGGCGCGUGGAGUUCACUUCUGCAGUUAGUAGCCGCUCUUAUGCUUCAAUAUACCUUGCUUCUGUGCCA